AUGAUGAAGACCUCUCAGUGCCAAACCAUAGUCUCUCAGAGCGGCAGCGCGAGCUACAUGAGCAGCCUCAGCACCAGCGCAAUGAACCCGCUCAGCAGCACGAGCCUCACCCUCCUUGUUCUCCUCAUCUCAGCAUUACCCGUCUGCAAAAGUAAGUAAAAAAAUAUAUUUUGACCAUGCUUUGGGUAUAGAAUAUGGACAGUCUUGUGCAUUGCUAUAUGUCCAAGUCAAGAUGUAAAAACGUUAAACUUCUUUAGGCUAUGGAAAAUGUUUGCGGGUCUGAUGUAGCCUAAUUGAAUAGGUUAUGAAAAAUGUAAAGUUUUAAUCAAAAGCUCAAAACUAUUCAACAUAAAUUGGUAAUCAACAAGCUCACUUAAAUUAUUAAUCAUAUUCAGUUCUUCUAUUUGCAUUUACCACUUAUAUAACAGACAUUUCUUUGCAAAAAAACAACAAUAUACACUACCAGUCAAAAGUCUUAGAACACCUUAUUUAUUUAUUUUAUUAUAUAUUUUUUACUAUUUUCUACAUUGUAGAAUAAUAGUGAAGACAUCAAAUCAAAUUUAUGUUAUAUUUGAGAUUCUUCAAAUAGCCACCCUUUGCCUUGAUGACAGCUUUGCACACUCUUGGCAUUGUUUCAACCAGCUUCAUGAGGUAGUCACCUGGAAUGCAUUUCAAUUAACAAGUGUGCCUUAAAAGUUAAUUUGUGGAAUUUAUUUCCUUCUUAAUGUGUUUGAGCCAAUCAGUUGUGUAUUGACAGGGUAGGGGGGGUAUACAGAAGAUAGCCCUAUUUGGUAAAAGACCAAGUCCAUAUUAUGGCAAGAACAGCUCAAAUAAGCUAAGAGAAACGACAGUCCAUCAUUACUUAAAGACAUGAAGGUCAGUCAAUACGGAACAUUUUAAGAACUUUUAAAGUUUCUCAAGUGCAGUGGCAAAAACCAUGAAGUGCUAUGAUGAAACUGGCUCUCAUGAGGACUGCCACAGGAAUGGAAAACCCAGAGUUACCUCUGCUGCAGAGGAUAAGUUCAUUCGACUUACCAGCCUGAGAAAUUGCAGCCCAAAUAAAUGCUUCACAGAGUUCAAGUAACAGACACAUCUCAACAUCAACUGUUCAGAGGAGACUGUGUGAAUCAGGCCUUCAUGGUCGAAUUGCUGCAAAGAAACCACUACUAAAGGACACCAAUAAGAAGAAGAGACUUGCUUGGGCCAAGAAACACGAGCAAUGGACAUUAGAUCGGUGGAAAUGUGUCCUUUGGUCUGGAUUGGAGAUUUUUGGUUCCAACCAUCGUUUCUUUGUGAGACGCGGUGUGGGUGAACGGAUGAUCUCCGCAUAUGUAUUUCCCACCAUAAAGCAUGGAGGAGGAGGUGUUAUGGUGUGGGGGUGCUUUGCUGGUGACACUGUCUGUGAUUUAUUUAGAAUUCAAGGCACACUUAACCAGCAUGGCUACCAUAGCAUUCUGCAGCGAUACGCCAUCCUAUCCGGUUUGGGCUUAGUGGGACUAUCAUUUGUUUUUCAACAGGACAAUGACCCAACACACCUCCAGGCUGUGUAAGGGCUAUUUUACCAAGAAGGAGAGUGAUGGAGUGCUGCAUCAGAUGACCUGGCCUCCACAAUCCCCCAACCUCAACCAAAUUGAGAUGGUUUGGGAUGAGUCGGACCCGCAGAGUGAAGGAAAAGCAGCCAACAAGUGCUCAGCAUAUGUGGGAACUCCUUCAAGACUGUUGAAAAAGCAUUCCAGGUGAAGCUUGUUGAGAGAAUGCCAAGAGUGUGCAAAGCUGUCAUCAAGGCAAAGGCUAUUUGAAGAAUCUCAAUUAUAAAAUAUAUUUUGAUUUGUUUAACACUUUUUUGGUUACUACAUGAUUCCAUAUGUGUUAUUUCAUAGUUUUGAUGUCUUCACUAUUAUUCUACAAUGUAGAAAAUAGUAAAAAUAAAGAAAAACGCUUGAAUGUGUAGGUGUUCUAAAACUUUUGACCGGUAGUGUAUAUAUGUUGAAAAGAUAGAAAGGAACUUGUUUAGCCUACAAAAUAAAGCAUUAUAUGUUUAAAGUGCAAUGAGAGUUUACAUCUCCUUAAAAAAUAAAACUGUAGACCAAAGGUAGUUACAAUAUAUUUAAAUUCCUUACAAUACGAAUACAUCCAUAUCAAUGUUUAAACUCAAGAUUAUCUUACAUGCCAAACAUAUUAUUGUACGUAAUUACGCAUUCUUGGGAACUUGCCCAACGGAGAGAAAAGGUUUGAGAAAUAUUUGACAUUUACUUCAGCACUUUCAAUUGGUACGUUUAUUUUGUUCUGAAGAUGGCCUGGGGUCUUGUUGGUCCCAUAUCGAGAACUAGAGUUGAUAGGGGGGCGAGUUCCUUUCAUUACAACAUAUGUUUUUUUACAACCUUUUAUCCAAGAUUGGAUUUUCUCAGACCGGAAUUGUAUUGAUUGUAAACUGUGCAGCAUAGAGAACUGGUGUAGCCUAAGCAUAUAGAAGCUCACACCAGCAGUAGGUCUAAUGCGGCUUCACAUCCUGUUGUUCUAGUACCAAAUUACACUUUACUCUAAUGCCUCCCCAUAGCCAUAUACAAAACAUACAGCAGUUGGAGAGGAACUCCUAAUGUUUUGGUAAUAUUAUGUAAAAUUAUGAUUUUAGUGUACUGUUACAUUCCCCAGCAAGAACACCAAAAAUGUCCCUCAAACAGAAGGGGGAACUAACAAAGAGUCACUGACCAACAACCAAAAUGAAACAGGUGGGGUUUUAGGAGGGGUUCUGAAAGACACUCAUGGGGGUCUCCACUGAAAGUUGACUAGCAACAACAACUGGAACCUAAAAGACACCCACCAUGAGCGGCCACUAAAUUUGCCCAAGAAGAGGCAAACAAAAGAAAAACCCACACCAAACUUAAAGACAGGAAGCAAACAAAAAAUGUGUAGCAAAAUGAAAUCAGAUGAAGGAUUGUUUGUCUAGAACUCAAAAUAGGGAAAGCCAACUAAAGGUGUUAACCCUAUCAAGACAACUGGCACACUGAGCCAGCCACCCUCCGCAUCUAUCAAGAUAACUGGAGCACUGGGCCAGCCACCCUCCGCAUCUAUCAAGAUAACUGGAGCACUGGGCCAGCCACCCUCUGCAUCUAUCAAGAUAACUGGAGCACUGGGCCAGCCACCCUCCGCAUCUAUCAAGAUAACUGGAGCACUGGGCCAGCCACCCUCCGCAUCUAUCAAGAUAACUGGAGCACUGGGCCAGCCACCCUCCGCAUCUAUCAAGAUAACUGGAGCACUGGGCCAGCCACCCUCCACAUCUAUCAAGGUAACUGGAGCACUGGGCCAGCCACCCUCCGCAUCUAUCAAGAUAACUGGAGCACUGGGCCAGCCACCCUCCGCAUCUAUCAAGAUAACUGGAGCACUGGGCCAGCCACCCUCCGCAUCUAUCAAGAUAACUGGAGCACUGGGCCAGCCACUCUUAAAUAGUACUUGGGCUAGCACAGGUGAAACACCUUCCCACUAACAAGAUGGCAACCAGCACAAGUGUAACACAUACUGACUAACGAGGUGACACCAAUCGGUGAGCCCUACGUGCUAACGAGCUAUACGUGCUAAAGUCCAACCUCAAAACAUAAAUGGAAAAACCAAAACCUGUAACAGUACUUACUGCACUGGUAGUUUCGCUCUCUCUUUAAUCUCUCUCAUGCAUGGCCCUCUUCUCCCUCUCUCACUCCUUUCUUUGUUUUAUGACUGACAGCUUGAAUCUACUACAAUUACCCCCCAGCCAUGCAUGGGGCAGAGACAUGUCAACCUAAUCUGAGGCAGGCAAACUGUGGCCCUGACAAACAGUCAUAAUGACUCCUAACAGUGGCUUGGAUUUGGCUCCAAACAGCAAUAAUAUCACAAAUAAUUGAGACAUAAAUAGAUUUAGAAUGGCAAUCUGUCAAUCCCUCUUCAGUGAGAUGAGAAAUUAUAUUUGUUAAGGGUUAUUUUCUGUGACAUUGAGCGAUUGAUGCGGCUUUGAUGCUCUUAUGUGAUUAUUGGCACAGGUGUUUAGAGACAUUUAAACCACAAUGGUGACAGGGAGAGAGCAUAGGUAUUGCUGUGUGCUGUUAGGACAAUUCAGAUGAAAAUAGGGAAAGAGGGAUCUAUAAGUUAAAUAGUGGUCUGUAAGAAAGACAUUCCUUAUGGGGAAGACUUUUGGGAUACAGAGCUGUUGGUUUAUAGUUGGUCACUAUGAGUUUUCAAUAUGAACAAAAUAAUAUGAUCACAUCAUACCAUACACUCUUAGAAUUUUUUUUGCUAUCUAGAACCUAAAAGGGUUCUUCGGCUGUCCCCAUAGGAGAACCCUUUGAAGAACCGUUUUCACAGAGGGUUAUACAUGGAACACAAAAGGGUUCUACCUGAAAUCAAAAAGGGUUCUAUCUGGAACCAAAGAGGGUUCUGUUUGUGAUGCACUGGAAGUGGAUUGUUAUGGUUGUGUAAAAACAAUCUGCACACUCCUACCUGCUCAGUGCUACAGCAUCAAUGUGAUGAUAGAGAUGUAAUGAUUCUUGUGUCUGUCUGUGUUUCAAUGGAAGGUGUUCCAAUACAACAGCAGAGAGCAACGAUAGACCAGGACCAGCUUCUCAACCAGGUAGGCCACAGAAUCUCUCUCUCUCUCUCGCUCUCUCUCUCUCUCUUCUCUCUCCUCUCUCUCUCUCUCUCUCUCUCUCUCUCUCUCUCUCUCUCUCUCUCCUCUCUCUCCUCUCUCUCCUCCUCUCCUCUCUCUUCUCUCUCCUCUCUCUCUCUCUCUCUCUCUCUCUCUCUCUCUCUCUCUCUCUCUCUCUCUAUACUAAGACUGAGUUGUUGCUUUCCUUUGAAACAAAGAGACAUGUGAAUUCUUCACUCCCCCUCUCAUAACAGCACUCUCCUGUCUUGUCUCCCAUAGCUAGAAGAUGUGUGCUCAUCCUACCUUUCUGCAGACCUGCCAUUUCAGGUGAGUAAGACUAGAAUAAUGAAAUGAUCAAAUGAAAGCACUGAAGAGAAUAGAUUCAUGUUCAAUGAUUUCUCACUCUCACAUAUUUUCAAGUUCAGGAUCAAUUCCAAUUAUGAUGAAAUUGAAAUACUCACUUACAGGCUUGAAAUGAAAAAGGUUGUACAACUGUAUCAGAUUCUUUCUCUCACCUCCUCUCCCCUGCUCUCUGGUUGCUACUCUAGACACCUGAUGUUUUGGGAGAACUCUGUGUGUUGAUGCUUGUACAGAAGUCUAAGGUAUUCCACCCUUCAUGUUCCAGCAUAGUAGCUCAAACAAUAAUCAUAUCACAUGUACACACAUAGUGGUUUAUCCUGUUCCGUGAGCACAACACAGUUGCACAUACACUGAGUGUACAAAAGAUUAAGAACACCUUCCUACUAUUGAGAUGCCCUCAAAACAGUCUCAAUUUGUUGGGGCAUGGACUCUAUAAGAUGUUAAAAGUGUUCCACAGGGAUGCAGGCCCAUGUUGACUCCAAUGCUUCCCACAGUUGUGUCAAGUUGGCUGGAUGUCCUUUGGGUGGUCGACCAUUCCUGAUACACACGGAAAACUGUUGAGCGUGAAAAACCCAGCAGCGUUGCAGUUCUUGACACAAUCCAGUGCGCCUGGUACCUGCUACCAUACCCCGUUCAAAGGCACUUAAAUAUGUUGUCUUGCCCAUUCCCCCUCUGAAUGGCACACAUACACAAUCCAUGUCUCAAUUGUAUCAAGGCUUAAAAAUCCUUCUUUAACCUGUCUCAUCCCCUUCAUCUUCACUGAUUGAAGUGGAUUUAACAAGUGACAUCAAUAAGGGAUCAUAGCUUUCACCUGGGGUAGUCUAUGUCAUGGAAAGAGCAGGUGUUCUUAGUGUUUUGUACACUUGGUGCAUAUACAGUGUUUAAAGGAGCAGUUCACUAAUCCAUGGUUCAGUUUUCUUUAAACAGCCAUUACAAACCUUCAGCUAACUUUAUCCACCGCUCGCGAAAAAUCUAUGGAAGUGAUGGCAGCACGUGAGCAUGUUUUCCUUUUAAAUGGUCCAAUCACCUUUAAGUAACAUCAAACCACAUGUACAGUUGAUUUCAGAUGAUUUGGACAUAAUUUUUUUACAUGCACACAUGCCACCAUCAUUUCCAUUGAUUUUUAAAUAGCGGUGGCUAAAGUUAGCUGAUAUUUGUAAUGGCUGUAUAAAGAAAACUUAACCAUGGUUUCUCCUGGCUCAUAGACUACUUUCAGGGUGAGGAACCAUCUAACAUCAAGUUGUAAAAUAGUGAACUACUCCUUUAAUCAUUCUCAAGAGUAAAUUGAGUUUUGUUUUCUUGUCAUUGCAGGACUUGAAAGCGCGGGACAAUCCUAGUAAAAGGGUAAGUGUGACAUUAUGUCUGUUUUAUCAUGUCUGUUUCAUCAUGUCUGUUUCAUAUGUCUAUUGAAAUAUGUUGCCUUUAGUGAACGCCUUUCAAUGCAAUCAACAUCAAACCUUUUGAAAUAUGUGUGUGUGUGUGUGUGUGUGUUUGUGUGUGUGUUUGCUUGUGUAUAGUUUUUAUUUCAUUAUGCUAAGCAACAAGGUGCUGGCCUAACAGAGGGGGCGGUAAGUUGGGUUAAAGUUCAAGUUCACUGUGCACUGCUUUGCGGCUUAACAAGGCACACUGCAUUUUUAAAAUUCUUUGUUACUUGUACUGUGCUAUUAGUAUGGUAUUACUUUUUUACUUUAUAAAGUGAAUUUUAACCCUGAAAAAGUGUUACGUUUUAGUUUAGUUUUUAUUUUCAGAGUAACCAAAAUAUUAUGAGGCAUGAAUUGCAUUGACUCUGUUGCAUAUUACAUUACCCCAGCUCUUACCUGCUCGUGCACGCACACAAACCCUAUUGCUGCCCAGUCCCUCAGCUUGUUAACGUAGUCAGUUCUCAAUAGCUGUCCUCCAAGGAGAUAGGCCCCUACGUUUCUGGUUCCUGGUACAGGAAAUACCAUAGUUUGCCUAUCUCUGGUAUAAAGAAAGUUGAAAAAACACUGCUCCACCUGCCACAGUGCUUCCCUCCCCCUUGUCUCUUGCUCUGCAUGCAAGAUGCACACUUUCUUGGAAACAAUUUGGGGGGCAGCACGUGUCCACAUCCAUGUAUCUUGUCUUGUUUGCAUGAGUUACUUUGAAUUCCUCAUGCCCCCCUCCCUUCCACUGUGUCAUCAGGGUGACCGACGUGGGGAACAUCAUCAGUUUAAAUUAGAUAAACAGAAAGGACAAUGAACGGACACAUUUUCUGCCCCAUCUGAAUAAUUCAUGGUAGACUAUUUUUAAGUACCAACCAUUUUCUUCUCAAGUCUCCAAGUUAUUGUAAUGGAACCAAAAUGCCAUCCUCUAUUUCUGGUGAAGGCUUCAUUAUUUCAUUUAGGAUAUAGCUUUGUUUAUAGUCACUGGGUGGAGAUUGGCUUUGCAAAGGUUAGUUUUUCCUCAGAGGAUGUUAGCACAGUAAAAUCAAGUUGAGUUGAUAAAAUAUAAAACGUGUCAACCAGAUAACAAUGAAAAUAUGACGUCUUUCCUAGACAUUGUGAUUACGCCAUGAGAAUAAGUCUAAUUGAUUGUAAUCAGGUUAUCUGAUUGGGGCUGGGGACUGCCAUCAGAUCAAUUACGUCAUUAUGACAUCCCACACCAAAUUUUGUCCAAUAUGACCUACGCAUGAGGCUGGUACAGUACAUUACAUCUGUAGAGCAGUCCUAUGUCCUGGCAUGGCCUGCAUGUGGAGAGUGAGCUGUCACUAUGUGCUCUGUUGAUCUAAACAUGAAUGCAGAGUGUGCAAAUGAACACAGGGUUGUACUGAGGACUGUGUGUGUGUGUGUGUGUGUGUGUGUGUGUGUGUGUGUGUGUGUGUGUGUGUGUGUGUGUGUGUGUGUGUGUGUGUGUGUGUGUGUGUGUGUGUGUGUGUGUGUGUGUGUGUGUGUGCUUGUGCCUGUAUGAAUGGGAUGUCUAGUGAUAAUGUUGUGUGUGUAUAUGGUCCUCUCUGCAGCCCCCAGCCCUUUGUCUCUGUCUUAGGGCAGUUGUUCAUGGUUCUCAUGUUUCUUCAUGUCUGUCCGUAUGUGGAUGUGUCAGUCCCCUGUGAUGCACCCUCUCCUGCAGCUUGUUCCUCAACUUCAUACCAGAGGAGAAAGAGGAGAGGAGUUUGUGGUGCGCGUAUGUACCGAUCUGCAUGUUCCUUUUUACAUCUAUUCUGCACCUGUCACUUCUUUGGAGAGGAAAUAUCACACUAAUCCAGGGGUCUCCAACCUUUUCUAGCAUGAGAGCUACUUUUAAAAAAUGAAACAUGUUGCAAGCUACUAAUGGUUCUGUACUGCUGCUGCUUAUUUCAUGGAAAAGUUUGCAAAUAUCAAAUAAUAGAUACAAAUAAUAUACUGUACUUAUUCAUGGUCUACUUCUGCCAGGUAAGCCUACUUUGCAGUUAACAUUUAAUUGAGAAGGUUUUGGGGAAAGUAUCUCUGUCAACCCACAAGAUGGUUAUCACAUCAACUGGCUACUAGUGAUGGGCAGUCUUUUCUUUGAGCCGGAUCAUUUGGCUCUGUUCACCUAAAAGAUACGUUUAUUUGGCUCCCAAAUGGCUCUUCUUUAAACCAGGAACAUUUUGUAAAUAUCUAAUUUUAAAGCCUAGAACAUUGCCUACCAUUAUGUCAGAUCGUGAAAUGUGAGUUCAAAUACAUUUUUACCUGACCAAAUUAUUAGAUGGCCUGCAAAAUAAAUGAAGACAAAAUGUUACACUGAAAAUAUUAGCAUGGACCAGAAUGAGGCUCUCUCCUCACUAUAUUGUUCCUGCACUGAGGAAUUACCAUAUUCAGAUAAUGUUUUUAUAAUGUAUCUGCAGAUAAUCGAUGUCUGCAGCUCAAAAAGCAAUAGUAAAAGUAUGCAAAUCAGGGAGCCGACGUUCACCAAAAAGAGCCGUUCAAAAAGAGCCAAUCCUUCGCGAACAACCCAUCACUACUGGCUACACAUGGAGUGAUAGACAAACGCCCGCACCACACAGACAGAAAGGGGCAAUAUUGCUGGAAAUUAAUUGGCAGAUAUUGUGUUAGGUUUGGCUUUUUAAGCCAAUAGUGGCUUACCACGGGUGGGAUAAUGUUAAUGUUGCGUUGGUUAGACAGUAGCUGGGAGCUUGCGGUGUCUGAUACUUCUGAGAUUAGUUUGCGGUGGAACACGUGAAAAUUGCGUGUACUUGUUUGGCUAGAUACUCAUAGGUGGUCUGCGAGCUCCUGGUAGCUCAAGGAUCGACCUUUUGGAGACCCCUGCGCUAAUCUCUUAGCAGCCGGCUGCAGGUAGCCCAGCGUUUAGAGCAUUGGGCCAGUAACCAAAAGGUGGCAAUUUUGAAUCCCCGAGCCAACAAGGUGACAAACGUGCCCUUGAGCAAGGCACUUAACCCUAAUUGCUCCAGGGUUGCCAUUGAUAAUGGCAGACACUGGCCCCAUUCUCAAAGAGUAUCUCAGGGAGAUUUGGGAUAUGCAACAAAAAUUCACACGCCUAUUAAUACCCACUUGUACAUUAUCAAAUUAUCAAAUUAUUAUUCAUAUUUAGACUCACAUAUAA